UCCAAGCCACGGCGCUUGAAAGAAAGAGAGGGGAGGGGGGGAAAAAUCUUUAUGAAGCGAAGACCCGAGGGAUGCGCAAGCUGCGUGGGAUCUAACGCAUUAGUAGAGAACCAUACUGAAAAGAAUUCGAGUCGGAGACUAUCCAGUGUGAAAUAAUAUUACAGCAGCUGGUCUUUUCCUUCGUCACCUGUCCCAGGCUCAGCUACUGAAACCAAAAUGUCCUCUAUAGAUCCUUAUCAACAUAUUACGGUGGAACACCAGUAUUCACACAAAUUCACCGUGACUGUAAAGCAAGCCAAGAAUGUGACCAAAGGUGCUCUUGGAGAUAUGCUUGACACACCUGACCCCUAUGUGGAACUGUUCAUCCCAUCGACACCUGACAGCAGAAAGAGAACAAAACACAUCAAUAACAAUGUGAAUCCUGAGUGGAAUGAGACCUUUGAGUUCAUAUUGGAUCCUAACCAGGAAAAUGUUCUUGAGAUCACUCUUAUGGAUGCCAAUUAUGUGAUGGAUGAGACUCUUGGUUCAGCAACAUUUCAUGUAUCAUCACUGAAAGUUGGAGAGAAGAAAGAAGUUCCAUUCAUCAUCAAUAAAGUCACAGAAAUUAUUUUGGAGUUAUCUCUUGAAGUUUGCUCUUCGACAGACCUCCGCUUCAGCAUGGCGCUGUGUGAUGAAGAGAAAGCUUUCCGACACCAGCGGAAAAUGAAAGUAAUGCAGCAUUUGAACAGUUUUCUGGGGUCUGAAAAGGACAACCACUUGACCUCUGUUCGUGACGUUCCAGUGAUUGCAGUAUUGGGGUCUGGUGGUGGAUUCCGUGCCAUGGUGGGAUUUGCUGGUGUGAUGAAAGCACUAUAUGAAUCCGGGAUUUUAGACUGUGCAACGUAUAUUGCUGGCUUGUCUGGAUCUACAUGGUACAUGUCAGCGUUAUAUUCUCACCCGGAUUUCCCAGUGAAAGGACCAAAGGAGAUAAAUCAAGAAUUGAUGAAUAGUGUCAGUCACAACCCGUUAAAGCUACUUACUCCUCAGAAAGUCAAGCGGUACAUUGAAGCAUUAUGGAAAAAGAAGAGUUCUGGCCAGCCUGUUACAUUUACAGAUAUCUUUGGAAUGCUGAUAGGAGAAACACUCAUCCAAAAUAGGAUGGGCACCACUUUGAGCAAUAUGAACGAGAAAGUAAAUAAGGCACAGUCUGCUCUGCCACUCUUUACAUGCCUCCAUGUUAAACCUGAUGUAUCGGAACUCAUGUUUGCUGAUUGGGUGGAAUUCAGUCCCUAUGAAAUUGGGAUGGCUAAAUACGGCACCUUCAUGCGUCCCAAUUUGUUUGGCAGCAAAUUUUUUAUGGGAACGGAAGUGAAAAGAUACACAGAAAAUCCCUUGCAUUUCCUAAUGGGUAUCUGGGGAAGUGCAUUCGCUAUACUAUUCAACAGAGUCCUUGGAGUUUCCAAUUCUCAAAAUAAAGGGCCCACAAUGGAAGAAGAACUAGAAAGAAUACGACUUUGCCAUUUUCUGUGUACUGACCAUCACUGUCCCACCUCUCCUCUUCCUACAGGCUCAGAAAACCCUGACGCUGAAAAGGAGCAUCAACAGAGCAGCCAGGAAAGCUGGGUCCAGAGAAUGUUUAUGGCCCUUGUGGGUGACAGCGCCCUUUUCAACACCAGAGAAGGACGGGCAGGCAAAGUCCACAAUUUCAUGCUGGGCCUGAAUCUGAACACAUGCUAUCCAUUUUCCCCUCUGACUAACUUCAAUACUCAAGAAUCUGUAGAGGACGAUGAAAUGGAUACUGCUGUGGCAGAUCCUGAUGAAUUUGAUAGGAUAUAUGAGCCAUUAGAUGUCCAGAGCAAGAAGAUACAUGUUGUAGAUAGUGGGCUCACAUUCAACCUGCCCUAUCCACUUAUCUUGCGGCCACAAAGAGGGGUUGACCUUGUCAUCUCAUUUGAUUUCUCUGCACGUCCCAGCGAUUCCAGCCCUCCUUUCAAGGAAAUUUUACUUGCUGAAAAAUGGGCCAAAAUGAACAAACUUCCUUUCCCCAAAAUAGACCCACACGUGUUUGAUCGUGAGGGAUUAAAGGAGUGCUAUGUCUUCAAACCCAAGGAUCCCGCAUCUGACAUAAACUGUCCAACAAUUAUCCACUUUGUUUUGGCUAACAUAAAUUUCAGAAAGUUCAAAGCCCCAGGUGUUCCUCGAGAAACACAGGAAGAAAAGGAUUUUGCUGACUUUGAUAUUUUUGAUGACCCCGAUACACCAUUCUCCACCUUCAACUUUCAGUAUUCGAAUGAGGCCUUCAAGAGGCUGCAUGACCUGAUGGAAUUCAAUACCCUAAACAACUUGGAUAUAAUCAAGCAAGCAAUAGCAGACAGCAUUGAAUACAGGAGGCUGAACCCAUCCCGUUGCUCCGUGUCCCUCAGCAGUCUUGAGGCAAGGCGGUACUUUAACAAACCCCCAAACAAUAGCCACACCUAGAGACAAUGCACGGUGGCCUUUCUUCCCCAGACGCAGAAAGCAUCUGGAUUCAUCACAGAGACAUUAUUGUGAGAAAAAUCACUGUUUAGGAGUGAAACGCUACGAAACAGAAGAAGAUGGUUACAUCAGGUUUUCUGGGUUUUUUUUUAAUAUACACCUCAAUUUAUUAUACAGCAGUAUGACCGUUUUAAGCAAUGUGAAAGCAUAUAUUUUUUAAGUUCCAUUUAGUUCACGAGCAAUUCAUUUCAACGGCCCUAUUUCUCACUUGAGUUUUUUUGUUUUGUUUUGAAUCUGUGAAAUUAUAUAUAAUACUUUAAAAAAUCUUGAGGUUUUGUAUAGUCUCAGCAGUAGCCCUAUACAGGCAUUAAACCACGUAUACGCUGUAUGUCGGCAGAAAGGAGCAACUCACUCAUUGGCCACACUCCCUAAGAUCUGCAUGUUUAACAGAAAGAAUGUCUGUAUAAAACCCUCUGUGAAUGAUCAGAAACCCUCAAUGUUUAGAGAUUUGGAACAUACUGAAGGGCCUAUGUCUAUGCAAUUGUAUGCAUUUAGGGGUUCAUGCCGAUGUUCCCCAGAUUGUGUA